AUGGCUUCUCAACCGCCAUUGUUUACGGCGACCCGCGCCCAGACACUCACCUACCUACUAGGCGUCUGUCCAUUCUCCAUCGCCUUCCUUGUCUUCAUCAAUUCCUCUGUCUCCUUUGUCGUCACUGAGUUGAUUGGCAUUCACGAGGGUCAGGGUGAUGUCGUGGGAACGCUAGGGUUUGCGGAUGAGCUGCUCGCGCUGGCGGCUUGCCCGCUGUGGGGAGUUCUGUCGGACCGCAUUGGGGUCCGCUAUGUCUGUACCGUGGGAUACGCCAUUGUGGCUCUGUCGCUGGUCUUGUUCGUCCAGGCCGUGAAUGUCUACCCCCAGCUUCUCCUGGGACGGCUUCUGUUCAGCUUAGGAGCCUCGGCGGUGUCGACCAUGGUGACGGCGGUCUUGCCAGCUGUCACAGACCGGUCGAUGCCCGUGCGACAAGAUUCUAACUCGGACACUGAUCACACUAGUGCGCCCGCGUCCCGGCUGGCCGGGUUUGUUGGCAUGUGCGCUGGCUGUGGAGCACUUGUGGCCUUGGUGGUCUUCUUGCCCCUUCCAGCCCGGCUCCAGCAGUCAGGACUGUCGCCACCGCAGUCGAUCCAAUGCAGCUACUACCUGGUCGCGGCGGUGGCCGUGGUGGUCAGCAUCGGUUCUCUGAUUGGCCUGAAGGAUCUCCCCGGUGAGGAACACAAGGGAUGGGGUUCAUUGUGGUCGACAGCCGACGACCCUGCGCACACGGGAGAAGGCAAGCCACAUCUACCGUGUCUCGGAGAAUUGAGCACGGCAGUCGCGUUGGGAUUCCACAAUCGGGACAUCUUCAUCGGGUAUCUGGGCGGGUUCGUAGCACGCGCCUCGUCCGUCGGGAUCUCGUUGUUUAUUCCCCUUGCGGUCAAUCACUACUACCUUACCUCGGGCCUAUGCCACGACGACUCCGCAGGCAGUCCCGGUGACAUCAAACGGUCGUGUCCGCGCGCCUACGUGCUGGCGUCCAUCUUGACCGGGGUCUCCCAGCUGGUCGCACUCAUUGUCGCUCCGGCCAUGGGAUACCUCUCGGAGAAAUCCCGGCGGUACCAUCUCCCACUGCUGACGGCCUGCUUCGCGGGAGCGAUCAGCUUUACUGCGUUUGCGCUCUUACCCAGUCCCGAAUACAAGGGGCAGAACGGAACCGCCGCCGUGUUUCUGAUCAUGGGCUUGAUGGGCAUCAGCCAGAUCGGCGCGAUUGUCUGCAGUUUAGCCGUACUCAGCAACGGUAUCCUGCAGGUGACGGGGCCCACCGAACCCGAGCAUGCCAACCCCACGGGGAGCGACCCGAGUGAUCCGCCGAACGAGCAGCGCCCGCUGUUGGCGAGACCCGCGCCACCCCAGUCGCGCCGGCUGUCGCACCUGAAGGGGUCCAUCGCCGGGGUCUACUCCUUGUACGGCGGUGCCGGGAUACUGCUGCUGACAAAGGUCGGCGGGCUGCUGUUCGACGUGCUCUCCUCAGGGGCGCCGUUCUACAUCCUAGCCGGCUUCAACGGGGUGUUAUUCCUAGCCGGAGUCACCAGCGGACUCCUCGGCAGUUCAAAGUGGCUGAGGGGAUCGCAUAUCGCUUAA